GCGAAAAUGACCUUUUGUCCUUCACGACUUGCUGUUGACCUGCGCUGUGAUGUCGGCUCACUUGAUGUCUCUACACAGAUGCUGCCUGCGGUCAGCUCGCCUCCUUGUUGCUGGGCGACCAUUGAGCUCCAGCUCCGUUUCUUCACCUCCUCUGCACACAAGGCUUCUCCUCUUUCUCACACAGCGUUUCUAUGAUGUGGAGAUGCUCCUGAGGUGGAGGUCUCAGCAGGGCCAGAGGAGGGUUCAAAAGAAGAACGCGUACUACAGCUACACUCAGCACUUUCAUGGAGCAGACAUAGCCGCAGCGUUUUAUGUCUUGAGCCUUAAAGGUGGAUUUAGGUAUGUCGGUCAGUCAGACUGGUUUCAUACUGACAAGAGGGGUCAAUUCAACUGGGACUUCUUAAAUCACAAAGACACACCUCUGGAAGAAGUCGACAUGAGCUACUCUCUCAUCAGUUACUCAGGACUGGAGAACCUUGUGGGUCAGCAAUCUCUAAGGACUCUGUCAUUACAAGGGUGUCCUGAAGUAGAUGACUGGUUCCUGGCCAGACUCCAUGUGUUCCAGGACUCUUUGGAGGAGCUGGAUAUCUCUCACUGCCCACGCAUCACCACAGGAGGCCUGACUGCACUGAGGAACCUCAAGGGGCUGCGGCGUCUGGACAUGUCCUCCCUACCUGGGAUUUCAAAUCCUGGAUUGGUCAUCAUCCUACUGGAGGAAAUGUUACCACAGUGCCAAAUCAUUGCUAGUGGAUAUGACCUGAGUCUGAGUCAAGAGGGCGUAGAGGAAAGGAUUGAACAGCAUGAACAGGGACAUGAAUCAGAUAAAUCAGAAAAACAAGCAAUCUACUGAGAUGGAUAUUCUUUUACAGGAAGGGCAGCAGAGUAGUGUUCAAGGGAAACCAAAUCUUUUGUUUAUACAGCACUGCAGUAAUCAUGGCUUCUACCUUUAGAUAAACCCUUGACUGAUCCAGGAGUGUGAACCAUGUAUAGAUACAAAUUUGUAUAUAAAUCACCUUUCACAUCAAAAGUUAUCCCAUUCAUAUUGUAAAUGUGGUGAUGGUUUAUUUAUUGUUGAUAUGUAAAUAUAAAAUAAAGAUAGAAUUGUUCAAUGUCA